UUUGCAGCCGCUGUAAUGUCUGAUGGAUCGUCUCCAACUCAGAUCGGCCGAUGCGGAGUAGACGAACCAAUGGUCGACACCAUCGACAGUCUGACUAGCAUCAACACGGAAGCGGACGACACGAGUGAUUGCAACAGCGACGCGGAGAGCAGCUACGUUUCCGAUCGGGAGGAAGAAGAGGGACCUAGUUCGAUCGUGGCCAAUCUCAGGCCUUCGCCAUUAGAAGAGCAACAAGCGGAAGAGAAACCUUCGGCCGGAGGUAGCAUCGCCAAAGACACUGGCUGUUGCCUCUACAGCGCCAUCACAGCCCUUUUCGUCAUGGUGGUUUUACUCGGAAUCGUGUUGAUCGUUACGGGUCCCGUUUUGGGCCUGCCCUUCCCGCCGUUGUUGAGGGCCAACUCGCCGAUGAUCCUGCCCCCACUGGACCACAAUCACCUGACGGCUAACUUGAGCGAUGAUUCAUUCACGAACGAUGUCAACGAUACGAAUCAAGAAUUGCAAUCGAUCUAUGACGAUUCGGAAUCGAUGGAUAAUAGCAAUCAUUCGACGGAUGCGUUCGAAUACGAUUACGUGGAAGAGCAGCAGACGUCGCCGACCAAUUGGACAGAGUACCUGGCCCAGCACAACGAGACGGGCAUUUUUAACGAGACGGUCAUCGAGGACCUGGCCAACCUGUCGCCGGAAGCGUUACGCACCAAGUAUGUGGCCUACGUGCCUGUCCCGCUCAAAUUUGACGACUACGAACAGACUGACGCAACUGACGACUUUCAUGACUCGGAAACGAAUGACAGGCACGACGAGGACGUCGAUCACGACGCCAUCUAUUACGACGAUCCGCAACUUCAGACUCAGCGCACCUCUUCGGCAAGGAGGCGGCCUCCGGCCACCAUCGAAAAGGUUUUAUUGCCCAUCGUGAUGGUGCCCGAAUCCGGCACGAUGGACGACCGGAUGAAAACGAAUCAGGGUGCGGAUGCGUGGCGAUCCAACGAUUUCGCUGGAGAUCGGCCCACUUAUCCGCCGAGGCGGUUCGAUGAAGAUCAAUCCAGCGGACAGGUGGACGGUCUCGAUGAUGAUUAUUUAACGUCGUCCUCUCGACGCAUUCCGGGUCUCAAUCCGCCGAGGCGAGGGGGAUCCGGAGGCGAUCGAAGACGGGGACCCGGUUUGGAUUAUCGCAUGUUCGGGUCUUUGACUCAGCCGGAGAACAGGAACAGGAGGCCCUUCCGUCCGCGACAGCGGGAACGCUUCCGACCGCGAGAUGAUUUCGGUCGGACGACCAGUCUUCAUCCGCACAGGGUUCUCCCCCCGCCGGGCCGUCUGCGUUCCAGGAUCAAUAAAAACAACAACCGGCCGCAAUUGUUGGAAGGACGCGAAGGCAAUCCGUCGCUUUACAUCCGCCCUCCGCCCAGACCGAGGCCACGGAUUCAUCAUCCACCGCGUCCGAGGGUCCAUCGACCUUCGCCGCAGGAUGCCUGGCUAAGUCGUCAACGCACGGCUGAUCCUCCUCCUCCUCCUCCGGUUACAACAACCAAACGGCCGGCGUAUUCUUAUCCGCGGGAUGCGAUGAGUAUCCAGGAUAUCAUUAGUUACAUGACGUCGAUGAGCCACUCGGAACAGACGACCAAAAAACCCGCGGAGCCGGUUGGGCCCGAGCACAGGACGGCCGUAUGGACGAGUCCGGAUUAUUAUUCAAAUCAUCCGGAGGGGCGUUCGGGUGUGGGGCAAUCCUACCCUCCCGUCUUACCUGCGCCGCCUGGCAUUUCCAGAUCGCACGACUCUUUGCCGGUGGAAUCGCACAGGAACGGGGGACUGUCCAAUCCGCACAAUCCGUACUCGUUCAAACUGGACGUUUAUCCGAUUCGGGACGGCCUGGGCGGAGACACGUACGUCCCAUCGGGUCCGGCUUACAGGCAACAGAGCGUGCCAGCGCCGAACAAUUAUCGGCACAGGCCAUCGUCUUCCUAUCAGGAGAGCCGACAGCCUUCCGGCGAUUCUUCCGGCAGCCUGUCUGAUCCUUACUCGUACCGGCCUCAGCGACGACCCACCGCAACCGAUUAUCACGACGGCUACACCAAGUACCGCGAACAGGACGAAGAGGACGCCAUGCCGGUGCCGUUGGCCUUCCGGCCGAGACGACCCGAAUCCACGACACCCAAACCCAAGCUGAUCGUUCAUUUGAACGUUUUCAAUCAGGGCAAAGGCACCGGAAGCCGCAACAGGUAUGCUGAACAACGUCAAAGUGAGGAUGAAGAGGAAGAUUAUUAUUCUCCCAGUGACAUCUAUCGGGCCGUUUUGAGAAACAAUAUGCCAAAAGGCGAUCACGAAGCAGGUGGGGAUGAUGGGAUCAUGCUGAGCGGUCAGAGUCGUGUCGAUACAUUUGCCCAUCAUCGGAUGGACAGCGCUGCGGGCAUCCCUGGUGAUCCGGCUGCGUCUUCUUCCGGCGCUAGUAGCACGUACGACAGCCACAAUAUGGCCGCUUUGCCCAGCGAUCAGUACUACAGGUCGUUGGAGACGAGGAGACCUUCAUCCAGCAGCAGCGGCAACGCUGGACACAGUUACAGAUUGAGUCAUCAGAGCCGCAAUUUCUAUCCAGCUGUGGACGAUGAUGCUCCGGAACCUUUGCCCAUGCCCAUGGCUGCCCAGCAAUCUCCUGACGGCUGUACGGGAGUCAAUUGUACUGUCCACCCGGACGGUCGGCCUAAUAACACGCAACUCACUCCGCUUGUUUAGUUAAUAAGAAUCAUUUUGUGCUGGAUUUUUGAAUUGCUAUGAAUUCGAAAUUCAUUCGGGGAGAUGUGUGUGAACCAGAAGAUCUUGUGGUAAAUGUAAGCAAAUGUGGGUGUCACACGAUGUACAGAGUUUAUUAU